AUGCUUCCUCGAUUGGUAUUAAUUACCCUUCUAAUAAUUGGCGCCGUUUUUGGCGCUACCAAACAAAAAAGUGAUUUAUCCUGUAUGUUCUUAGGUUAUCCUGAUCUCGAAUAUGAUGGUUUUGAUCGCACAGAAGUAUUGAUAGAAAAAACUUUUAACAAAACUGUGUUUGUUGAUGAUGCAAAAUCUGUUGUCUUUUUUAAUGAUAUUGAAGAAGAUGAUAAUGAAUUUGAUCAAUUUGAAUGUUUCUUACAAUUAUCUGCUCAAAUUAUGACUAAACGUGGUUAUAAUUUUUAUACAGUAAAUACAACUAAAGAAAUUAAAUUAAGAAAACAAGAAGAAGUUGAUAAAGGUGAAGAUACCAUUCAUGUUUAUAAAGAUGGAUAUAAAAUUGAAUAUAAUGGUGUACGUGAUCCUGAAACAUUUGUUUCAUGGUUAAUGGAUAUUCCAGAUGAUCCAGUAACAAUUAUAAAUGAUAAUCAUGAUUUAGAAGAAUUUGAAAGUUUAGAUGAUGAAGUUGUACGUGUUAUUGGAUAUUUUGAACCAGGAUCUGCUGCUUUAAGAGAAUUUGAAGAAGCUGCUGAAGAUUUUAUGGGAGAAAUUGAAUUUUUUGCUGUCGUAACUAGUAAAUGGGCUCGUAAAUUAGGAUUAAAACGCAUAGCUGAGGUACAAAUGUAUCGUCCAUUUGAGGAUGAACCUAUAUAUGCACCACAAACUACUGAUACUGAAGAAGAAUUUGAAGAAUGGGUUGAAAAAAAUAAAGAACCUGUUAUGCAAAAACUUACACUUCAAAAUUACUUUAAUGUUUGGAAAGAUCCAGAAGAGGAUGAAAAAUUAGUUAUGGUAUUUUGUGAUGAAGAAACAAGAGAAGGACGAGCAAUGUUUAAAUUACUUAAAAAACUUGCUGAAGAGAAUCGUGAACAUUCUGGUACAUUAGAAAUUGUUUUAGUUGAUCCAGAUGAGUUUCCAUUAAUGGUUGAUGUUUGGGAAGAAAUGUUUGGUAUUGAUAUUGAAGAAGGACCACAAAUUGGUCUUGUUGAUGUGUCAGAAAAAGAAGGUAUCUGGUUUGAUAUGAGUCAACUUAAUUUAGAUGAUCCAAAGAAACAUCAAGACAGUAAUCUUGAAGCUCUUCAAACAUGGAUUGAUCAAAUUAUGGAUGGUAGUAUAACAUUAGAUGAUGAUGAUGAUGACGAUGAUGAUGAUGAUGAUGAUGAACCACCACCACCACCUCCAACAAAAAAAAGAUCUAAGAAGGAGUUGUAA